UUCGAUUUUUCAGAGUCAUCGCUGCAGCUUUGGAGACCCUCGAUCUCCGCUGUCUUUCUGGCAGGUUUUCGCGAUGUCGUCCACUGAUUCCCCGGUAAAGGGCUCUUCCCCCGCCGUCCCGGGCGCUCCUCACGGCCUUUCGUUCCCAUUGGUGAUGAGGAAGUUAAUAGAGAACUUUGUGGAUGCAGGAGACGCGGAGAAAGACAAAUCUAAAUUGGAUAAGGAUGAUGACCUUGAUGCAAAUGCUCUAUUGGCCUCUGCUUCACUCAUGCCCACCAUCUGGGACAAAACAAUCCCAUAUGAUGGAGAAUCUUUUCAUCUGGAGUACAUGGACCUGGAUGAGUUUCUACUGGAGAACGGCAUCCCAGGCAGCCCCACACAGCUGGCCCGAGGUGUUCAGAAUCCACUCAUGUCUGUAGCUGAACUGGAAAGUGAAGAAGAGCCAGCAUCCUCCUCUUCUGCCUCACCUGUGUCGCCCUCUGUUUUGCUCCAGACCUCUAAAGUACAAGAACCUGCCUCAAAGGAUGGUGAUGAUAGUGACAACGACGAUGACGAUGAUGAUGAACCUCAAAGUCCUGUUGAUCCGGAUAAAGUAGAGGUGGACGUAAACUUCGAGCCUGAUCCAACAGACUUGGUGCUUUCCAGUGUGCCAGGAGGGGAACUAUUUGAUCCUAGAAAAAGACGUUUUGCUGAGGAGGAACUCAAACCCCAACCUAUGAUUAAAAAAGCUAAGAAAGUCUAUGUGCCAGAAGAUAUGAAGGAUGAAAAAUACUGGAACCGGCGGAAGAAGAACAACGUGGCUGCCAAACGUUCCCGCGAUGCCCGGCGACUAAAAGAGAAUCAGAUAACUGUCCGGGCGGCCUUCCUCGAAAAAGAGAAUACAGCGCUGCGCCUGGAGGUAGCAGAGCUGCGCAAGGAUCUGGGCAAAUGCAAGAACAUAAUCUCCAAAUAUGAGAGCACAUAUGGACACCUUGACUUCAUCGAAUCAGAGUGACAUCUUUCAAUUUUUAUUUAUUUUUGUUUUUAAACCAACUUUUUCAAUUGAAAUAGCAACUUCUCAGAUAACAGCAGUAAAAAUAAAACCUAGACAGAAGAGUUCUUGCCCGGAAUGAAAGUCCUAAUCACCAAGAAUCAAUGUCACUGAAAACGAAGAUGAAUAAACCUGUUUUGAGGAAGCUGAUGACUGGAAAAAGGAAUACUGCUCUCAUUUUACAUGCAUUUUUCAUGGGUGGGGGGUGGCCCCCCCUUCAUUUCAUAUAACUCUAAUUCAGGAUGGAUGAUGGACUGGAACAUGAAAAAACUACUACUUUGGUGAUUGUGUAUAAGGCAGUUAACAAUAAAGUUGCAUUUGGGCAAAAAAAUUAUCAAGUGGACUAGAAACUGCUGUAAUGUGUUCUACACUCUUUGAAAUAGCAGUAACGCGUCUGUCUACUUAAUAAUUUUGCCAAAGCAGCAAGUCUUGUGGAUAUGGCUAUGAAAAUCUAUAUCCAAAUCUCUCAGGGAUAUUUUUCUGACCUUCUGUUUUAAUAAAAAGUGUCGUAAGCGGAUCAUUUCCAUUUUUAGCAUUUGUUGCUGCUUGUGUACAUUAACUUCUAUGUUGAGGCAUCAAUUUGGAAGUAAAAUGUAGCUUAAUUAUUCAGUACAGUUAAAUACUGGGUGGAAAAUAACCAUUUGUUAGCAGUUUAGUGAGUAUCUCCUUCCCAGACUCCUUUACAGCCCUUUUAGUCUGUUGGGCUAGGCCCUGCUUUCACAGCCUCUAUUACUUCCCUGCUGCAAAUCCAAUCGAUGCACCCCCUGUUCUUUACGGUCAAUCCGUAGGUUUGCCAUCAUGCACAAUAAUUGCAUAAAUUACGUACUUUCAUAGCAUAUAAUGGAAUUUGUCACUUUGUUUAUCAACAAGGUCAUGGACCCCUAGCAGAUGGUUAUUUUCCACCUAGUACAAUUUAUCUGAAGUUUAUGUUUGGUGCAAAUAAGUUGAACGCCCUUCAUGUAGAAGAUGGUGGUUUUUGGAAGUAUAACCUUCUGUAGCUUAUUGGUUCGAGUGACUGCAAAGCUUGCUGGGCCAUGUAACGGUGUGUUGUGAUUGGCUCAGAUAACAGUGCUGUUGCAGAGGGGGGGAUAUGUCAAAUAAAUGGCAUUCAUUUAAUUGGUCGGUAGAGCCAGGUGUGUAUUGGCAUGAACACAGACAUUCUGAUGCAUCAUCCAUGUCUUAUUUCCUGCUGAGAUCCAAUUACUUUUUUUUUUUUCUUUUUAUCAUGCGGCUUUGACGCAGUAGUUCUCGUGUGCCUAAAAUAAAUAUUUCCAGAAUCCGAGCUGAAAAGGGGUUUGCCAAUGGGUGCAUUUCCAUGAUGACAUGGAUGUUAAACGUAAUAAACCCUUGCAAAGGUGUUGGGGUUGCAGUAACGUACCUACCUAUCGGUAAACUUUGCAGUUUUAACUGCAUCUUUACCAAAUCAAACCAUUUUGGUAAUAUUUCUGGGGGUUUUGUGUAGGUGGAGGAUAAAAAAAGUUUAAAACUAAUAUAUACAUCAAGACAAAACCAAUUAUUUCCUAUGUUUUAGUAGAUGCAAUCAAACGUGGAAAAAUAUAUAGGCACCCCUUGUUUGUCGAUUGUUUUUGUUUGGAGAACAUUUUUUGCUACUAAACAAACUUUGUUUCUUGAAACUAUCUAGACAUGCUAUACGUGUAUUUUGUGUUGUGUAGAGUAAUGAUAUGGACUGUUAUUAAAUCCAAAUUUUAUUAACUCUUAACUUUUUUUUUUAAAUGUCUGUUAAUGCCACACAACCUACAUAUUAAAGUUCAGUUUAUUGAAUAUACCUAUACAGUAUAAUGGUGAUUAUGUAUGCGUUUUAAAAACCUGAAUUGUGUGGCAACAGUGAACUUAUCUUUCUGAUUUAUUUGGUUUCUUUUUGAAAGGGGGCUGAAGAGAAACCAAGAGGGAUGAGGAAGCUUAAGUAUGAGUAGCCCUUUUUUAUACCAGAUAUUUCUAAAAUAAUCACAAAAAUUAAAACAAAUUAUUGGUAGCUACAUGAGUGAUGUUUCCUUUCAUGUCACUGUGUGGGUAUUGCAUACCAAAAUAAGGCUUCGCUCACUGGUAUAUUUCUUCUCUUUAUAAACGCCCCCCCAAUUUUAAUCAGAAGGUUUUGUUUGGCUCCAAUACACCGGAGGUUUAAGCUGCCUUCUGUUGACUGCGUUGACAUACGGAUGCUUUAUUGUUUUAAGUGAAUGGAUAAUAAACGAGAAGAAUGGUUAUUCCUAGUAUAUAUUAAAAUACUUUAUGGACGCAUUACUUAAACCCUGUCUUAUUACAUUUAACGUUGUGUAUUAAAGAACCAAAAACUUAGAAUUGCUCAAUUGUAGUUCUAGACAUGGCAAGGUUUAGAGAUUUAAGUUGACAGAGUGCUUGGGUUUGCUUGGUAUAAUAUUUCAAGAAAGCUAUUAGAAAGUGUCUUUGUAUGUUAGCGCAUCAGGUAUAUAAAGAAAAUGUCUUGAAUGAAAUAUGCCAUAUACAUGUUAAUUUCAGGUUUUAGCAUUUUGGAAGAUAUCUACACGUUGUGUAACAAUAGCAGUUUAAUAAUGUACAGAGAAAGAUAUAAGAAAUGGCUAGUAUGUAUCGUGUAGCCCUUUUUAAACUGCAUUUUAUACAAUUUAUAUGAACAUGUUUGUGUUGGUCUAAUAAAGGGUAACUGCCCUCAAAGAAAA